UAACACGUGGAGCAUUGGCGGUUAUGCUGUAUGCAGUUCGUCCACUUGAUUCGAAACCUGAGAGUCUGACUGGCUGGGUGUGGGGGUGUUGUAAGGAGGGGGAGGAGAAGGAGAAACAAGGCGGUAUAUGAGGAUUGGAGACAGAUUCAGAUGGAAAGCUGAAAACGCACGCACACGCACACACGGAGGCUGAGAAACUUGGUGCGCUGUCCAUGGUGCUGAACCUCCGUCUUCCGUCCCCUCUGCCUGCGGGGGGACAGACGUCUCUCCUGUCCGUGAACGUCAUCUUUCCUCACCAACCUGUUCGUACCUGAAGACACCGAUGUGAAUCCGUGAUGAUGGAAGUCCACCAGCUCAGCUGCUCCCACAUCGUUCUGUCUGCGCAGGGACGAGGACAGAGAGACUGGUGACGGAUACAAAGCUCAAACAAAGACGUCUGGGCUUCGCAAAAUGUUGGUCAAGAUACAUUUUGUUUGCUUCACACUUUCACUGUUUCACCUGUUUCCAGGGCUCGGCAGCUCGGGGAGAUUUUAAACCAGUGGCCGUUAAGACAUUUGUUUAUUCCUGGAAGGAAUUUAAGGAAACAUGUUGUAAGUGACCUGCGAUUUCGUUUGCUCAACCCGAGAAAAACAACGACAUCCUGAGAGACAUGGCUCGUCUGAUUCUUUUGCUCAACUCCGUGUUCCUGUUGCUUUUCGGCAGCGACAUUUUCUUGGUGGCAGCAAACCGGCCACCAACUCCCGUCAAUGUGUCCGUCAUGCAUCUGCGAGCCGACUCAGCAACUGUGUCCUGGGACGUUCCAGAGGGAGACAUCAUCAUCGGCUUCUCCAUUUCACAACAGAAACAGGACGGACACAUGCAGCGAUUCAUCCGUGAGGUCAACACCACCAGUCGCUCCUGUGUCCUCUGGGACCUGGAGGAGGAGACGGACUACAUCAUUCAGGUCCAGUCCAUUGGCCUGUACGGAGAGAGUCAAGCCAGCAAGAAGGUCCAUUUUAGGACCCUCAAGAAAACUGACCGCUUUCCCUCCAACAGCUCCAACCAAGAUGAUCCCACCGUCCAAGGUCUGGACAAGUCCCGACAUCUACAAACAGGAGAGAUGAUCAUUAUCGUGGUGGUCUUGGUCAUGUGGGCAGCUGUUAUUGCCCUGUUCUGCCGGCAGUAUGACAUCAUAAAGGACAACGACUCCAGCAACAAUAAGGAGAAGGCCAAGCCGUCGUCCGAGAGGAGCACGCCGGAGCAUCAGAGCGGAGGCCUGCUGAGGAGCAAGUUUCAUCCUUCAGUGCCAUCGAUCAACAUCAUCGAGGUUUGAGGAGAGCGUCACCCAGUGAAAUUCUAGAUUCCUGUGCCGACAACUUGUUCUCCAACUUCUUACGGAGGAGCAGGAAAGACAGUUGGUGGAGACGGUCUGCCGAGGACACACCUGCAUGUACGCACCUUACGUAGAAUGAGAUCCACUCAGAGAGCCUUUCUGCAUCCUUAGACCAAUCUACACAAGCUAAAACUGACACACGGUAGAUACCAAAAAUAACUGCAACGUAGUGAAUAAUCUUAGAGGUGAAGUAACACUGACGUCUUUACUGAGGAGUUAGUAAUGACUGCAAUACAAAACACACUACAAAACCUCAUCACAUCUGGGAGGAAUGAGUGUCUGACUUUAAAAGAAACACACUGUAUUUUUGAUAUGGCAUGAGCAUCGAGACACCACCGUCACCUCUGUACAUAACAACAUGCUCACCACUGCAGAACACGCAGUAUCUGCUGACAGCAGGUUUUUAAUCGUGAGUGAAACUAGUUUCAGGAUUAGAACAAAACAUUUACAUCUGUUUGUUUUUUUUCUUCCUAAAAACAUUGUAUUUUCCAACGGUCAACACACAUCUGUCAUGACCUGACCCAUUCCCAUCAUCUACUAAACAUAGAUGCAUGCAGGUUAUUUGUCUAUAGAAUAGCACUUGAUGUGAGCUCACAGUUAGACGACAAAACCUGACGAAUAAAAACGAUUGCUGUUCU